AUGUUGGAAGGAAUCGUUGCGAACCUACUGAAUAGGUUUCUGGGGAUGUAUGUGAAGAACUUUGAUGCGGGACAGCUUAACGUUGGCAUAUGGUCUGGCGACGUCAAACUACGAGACCUUGAACUCCGCCGCGAAGCUUUAGAUCAGCUUCAUCUACCGUUAAACGUGGUCGAGGGCCAUCUCGGAGAACUCACACUAUCUAUUCCAUGGUCCAAUCUUCGUGGGAAACCUGUGAAAGUGCAUAUUCAAGAUGUGUUUCUGCUUGCCGCGCCCAAGGAGGAUUCUACUUAUGAUCCGGAGGAAGAGAAGAGGAGGGAACAUGCGGUUAAGAUGGAGAAACUUGAAAGCGCCGAACUUAUAAUGGAACAGAAUACGGAAGGGAUGAGUCAGGAGGAACAGCAGAAGAACCAGAGCUUCACGCAAAGCUUGAUAACCGCAAUCGUCAACAACCUCCAAGUGACUAUCAAGAAUGUCCAUUUCCGUUAUGAAGACGGCAUUGCUGCUCCGGGACACCCAUUCGCUGUCGGUGUGACGAUCAAGGAACUCAGCGCUGUUAGCACGGAUUCGAACUGGAAGCCCACCUUCAUUCAAUCUACGUCUACGAGCAACUAUAAGCUUGCAGUUUUAAAUUCUCUAGCCGUGUACUGGAACACAGACGCAGAGCUCUUCGCACCCAACCCUGCCGAGGGUGAAGAUGGGGGCCCCACGGUCUUUAGCCAUGACGACCUACUGGAUAGGUUCCGAGAUGGCGUCGUGCUGAGUGAAAACAACCAGUACAUCUUAAAACCAGUCAGCGGCAAAGCCGGUCUAGAACUCGAUACAUCCCAGAAUGUCGACCAUCCAAGGGCCAAAGCUAAACUUAUAUUUGACGAGCUUGGAUUCGUCCUAGAUGACCACCAGUACCGUGAUGCCCUGAUGUUGGUUGACCUUUUCCAUUACUUUAUUCAACAUCGGGAGUAUAGGAGCUUGAUGCCAGAAUGUCGGCCAAAGGAAGAUCCCCGCGCUUGGUUCAAAUUUGCGGGUCAUGCCAUCCUUAACAAAAUCCACGAACGGAACCGUAAAUGGACCUGGGGCUACAUCAAGGAACGACGAGAUAACCGUAUUCGGUAUAUUGAGUUGUUCAAAAUGAGGAAAAGGGAGGAUCCGAUGUCACCUGAGGAUACAGCGGAAAUGAAGGCUCUCGAAGAGAAACUGUCAUACGAGGACCUUCGAUUCUGGCGAUCUCUUGCGAGGAAUCAACUACGAAAGGAAAGGAUCCAGUUUCCGAAAAAGGUCAUAAGGCAGCAGACUUGGUCUGAAUGGGUUUGGGGGUCCAGCCCGAAGGAGGAAGAUCAGCCCACAACCAUGACGGAAGAGCAACGUCAGGAAUUAUACCAGGCGAUUGACUGGGAUGAGAAGAAAGUUAUCGCUGAUGCAGUUGAUUUGCCGAGGGACUCUGUCAAAUUCCAGGUGGACUCGAGCCUUCGGUCUGGUAGUUUCACCCUAAAGCGGGAUCCGCAAGGCAAGGCAAACGAGAUAUUAAAGCUGGUAUUUGAAAACUUCCAGGCAAAGGCUCUUCAGCGGCCGGAUUCUUUCUUGAUCCAGGUUGAUCUCGGUGGACUACGACUGUUCGACCACACGACCGAAGACACCGUCUUCCCCCAAAUUGUUCGUGUUAAAGACUGCUAUUCCUUACCCAGCGAGGAUGUCGAGGAGAUCACAGAGAUGGAUAUACCUGAAUCGCCGGAUGUUGAGGAGAUAGAUUGCGAGAGAGACGAUAGCCUCUUCUAUCUACAGUUCGAAUCAAACCCGUUGGACGGUAGUGCGGACUCUGCCCUUCGUAUGAAGUUGAAGAGUCUCGAAGUUAUAUAUACCCCUAAGGUCUUGGUUGAAAUCGUCAGAUUCUUCCGACCCCCAGAACGUCACAUGGAAUCAAUCGGCGCGCUCUUAGAAACUGCUGGAGCAACUGUUGCGGAAAUCCGUCAACAGACUAGGGCUGGGCUGGAAUUUGCCCUGGAAGAACACAAGACCAUCAAUGCACAGCUUGAUAUUCACGCUCCGUUGAUCAUUAUCCCGGAAAGCAUAACUACCGACGAUAGCAUGUGUCUUAUAUUUGAUGCCGGUAGGGUUAGUGUCAGCAGCAAGCUAGCCGACAAGGAGACACUUAAGAUGGUUCAGAAUAAGCAAGGCUCGGAACUCCGUGAUGAUGAUCUGAGCCAGCUUGAAUCGCUGAUGUACGAUAAAUUCCUGUUAAAGCUCGACUCGACACAGGUGCUUAUUGGGAAUGGUAUCGAAGCAACAAAGUCCCAGUUGGAUUCCGACACGGUAUCAAGGAACCUUCAUAUCAUGGAUAGGAUUAAUAUGGACUUUGUCCUCGAGUUGUGCAUCGCUCCUAAAUCAACACUCACCAGAACGCGUAUCUCAGGACACCUCCCGGAGUUCCAUGCAUCAAUGUCGGAUACGAAGUAUAAAAACCUCAUGAGGCUAAUUGAUAUAGCCAUUCCUCGGUUUAGCCCUGAUCAGGCUCCGGAUUCAACUGGAAAAGAUACACAAUCCGAAGCUACGACGCUAGAGUCUAGAGCGAGGUCGCAGUCACUUCAAUUUCCCAGACAAAUAGAUGUCCCUGUCCUACAGUCAGACAACGAUAUUGAGGGUCCAGACGAGAAGAAACCCAAAGACUCGAAAGGGUCUAAGAACAUACACCAGCGCAUGUUCGAAUUUAAAUUUACCGUGGAUACCCUUAGAGGCUCUCUAUAUCGAUCUGACCCCAACGAUGAAACGGAAGAUAAGCUUCUGGUUGAAUUGGUUGCCGAACACUUCCAUCUCGACUAUAACCUCAGAGAAUAUGACAUGGCCGCAGAUAUCGUUUUGAAAUCCUUAAGCAUAGAAGAUUAUAUCGAAGAGCAUUCGUCGGCACCGGAAUUUAAAAAAAUUGUCACAUCCAGGGGCUUCGAUGCUAAUGAAGACAAGGACUUGUUCACUCUCAAAUUUAUUAAGGUUAACCCCAACUCUCCUGAGUUCAACUCAGUAUACGAGGGCGUCGAGAUGAAUCUCGACCUGUUAGUUUCAACGAUUAAUUUGAUUGUCACUCGGAAGACUUUACUUACACUCCUUGAUUUUGUUUUAAUCACAUUCACCAAUCAAAACCCGCAAAAUCAAGUCCAAAGCUCAGCCGAGCAAACUGCAUCUAUCGAUUCAAAGGAAGGUCCAAAGCCAACCAACACGGGAAAGAUUCGCAUCAGUUCAAAGCUAGAGAGGAUAUCUCUUAUUCUAAACGAUGACGGUGUCCGCUUGGCUACUCUUAGCCUCAAUACCGCUGAUGUCGGAAUAUUCCUUGCCGAUGAGACAAUGCAAAUCAAGUCUAGAAUGGGAAGCCUGACAUUAUUUGAUAAUAUCAACGACAAUGGCGAGUCAUCGACAGUCCGCCGCUUGAUGAGUAUAGAAGGGGAAGAUUUUGCAGAUUUCCGCUACCAAACGUUCAACCCAAAGCUGAAAAACUACCCUGGUUACGAUUCAGAGGUAGUAUUACGAUCUGGCUCAAUUAAAAUAAACUUUAUCGAUGAGCCAUACCGAAGAGUUAUCAACUUCUUAGUUAAGUUUGGCAAGAUGCAAAGCAUCUUCAAUGCGGCUCGUCAGGCCGCCGCGAACCAAGCGACCCAAAUCCAAGAAAGCGCGUCCCUAAUGCAUUUCGAUAUUGUUGUUAUGACCCCCAUCCUGGUCUUCCCGCGGAUAACAGACAAAGAUGGACCCAGAGAUUUCAUCACGGCUCAUCUGGGAGAGAUAUAUGCCAGCAAUCAGUUCACUCCUACUGAUAAAGCUGGCAACAACCAUAUGGUUAACGUCAUCUCUGCUGGAGUUCGACAUAUUCGCCUCACAUCAACCUUUUACUUUUCAGAAGAAGUUUGUGAAGAGCUAGAAAUGAUUGAGAAAGUGGAUAUGGAUUUCAACAUAAAAUAUACGAAGGACCCAAUCGAUUCUUUAAUCCCGAUCAUGCGAGUAGACGGUUCAAUGUCACCCACCAACCUUCGAAUAUCGCAAAUGCAAUUCCAAUUCCUCCUCGAACUAUCGAAAACCAUCCCAGCUGCAUUUACUCCAGACCAGGAGCUUCAAGAGGGACAGGCGCAACAAGCUCUCCCUGAACUGUCUGCCAGUACCGGUCAGGAACCUGACUCCGGAAAACCUAGUGAAUCGAGCACAGCGCUCACGGAUCGCUCUGCCCAGAAACCCACGGAACCAGGAAAAUCAAUCCAGCUUGAAUUGGAGUUCAGAGUGGAAACUGUUGGGUUAGAGCUAUUCCUCGUGAAUGAGGAUGCGCCAGUUCAUUCCCUAGAUGACGCAAGCUUGUCUAAAUUUUUCUUGAGCAAUACUAAUGUCAAGCUGCGGAUGCUGAACGAUGGCUCCCUCGAGUCUGAAUUGUUAAUUCAUUCGUUUAAUGUCCGAGAUAGCAGGUCUAAGGAGACAAAUCGGUUCCGCAAGAUCAUGUCCCUGGUUAACACCGAUGUCCAGCAACAAUUCAUGGCUAGUAUGUCGAUGUCCGGCGGCACUGAACGACAACUAGUCGUCAUGGUAACAAUUGAUAGCCCACGGAUUAUAUUUGCUGUUGAUUAUCUAUUCUCGCUUAAAUCAUUCGCAACAGCGGCGUUCCCUGUUGAGUCUACUCCAGAUACUCCAGAGAGUUCAGACGAAGAACCCCAGAGUACAGUAUCCUCUCGGGAAAGUUUACCAUCUAAAUCCGAUCAAGUCCCUUCAAGCGCCGUGACAGCGGAAAAUAAGACCUCUUUCACAACCUCCCUGAGAUUUAAUAUGGUGGACUCCCAAGUCAUCCUAGUCGCAAACCCAACCAUACCUAAUACUGAAGCCAUCGUCUUGGGAGCUAAACAAAUUGUAUACUCGCAACAGAAUGCUUCAACCCUUCAAGUUACCAAGGUUGGGAUGUUCCUUUGCCGUAUGGAUAAGUUUGAAACCAGCAGACUCCGUAUUCUAGAUGACUUCUCUCUCGAGUUGUCAAUGGAUACCCAGACCAAAGGGAAAGGAUUUUCCAUGACAAGGAUUGAUGUCCAUGUCGAGCCAUUGAUACUUCGAUUAUCCCCUCGAGAUAUCCUUUUAGCCCUACAAAUCAUGAACAGGGUAUCCGAAAUGACAACACCGAACGCGCCCCAGAACACGACAGGCGAGUCGAAGGCUCUUCUGGCAAAGCCCACACAGCAAGACCUUCAAUCUCCAAGUACCCCUGUUCAAUCUCGAAUGACUGCCGCUGAUAGGAUCCAACAGUCGGCGAUAGUGAAGAAGGAAGAAAUGUGUGUUCAGAUGGAUGGUAUUAGAGUUAUACUCAUUGGUGACGUGCAUAUCCUUCCGCUUCUCGACUGGAGCGUGCAUGCGUUCCGAGCGGAUGUUAGAGAUUGGUCCGCAAAUAUGAGCGCCGAUACCACAUUCGAUACCCUAAUCAAUGUUUACAACUUCUCAAAGUCGACCUGGGAGCCUUUGAUCGAGCCAUGGCAGCUUGGGUUCCACAUGUCGAAAGAACUUAGCCCGGAUAUUUUCUCCGUUGAUGCUUAUUCCCAUAAGAACAUGGAGCUAACAGUUACAUCUGCAACAAUUGCUUUGGCGUCGAAGACAAUGCAAUUCCUAUCAGCCGACGAGGAUGUUCUUUCUAAGCCAAGGGGCACAGAUACCCCCUAUAGAAUCCGAAAUUACACUGGCUUUGAGCUACGAGUAUGGGCAGAUACCGGCAAGGGCGAGGAGGGCCACGCAUGCACUCUGGAUGAUGGUGAAGAGUACCCAUGGCGAUUCGAGGACCCAACCACCAUGCGAGAGAAUCUUACGCCGGAGGGAAAUGCGGGUACAGUAGGAAUCAAACUUGAAGGCAGUGGAUUUGACAGCAUCAACCGAAUUCCCCUCAUUCGCGAAGGCGAAACGUUGUAUAACCUAAAGCCGAAGAAAGACAAAGUGCUGCAUAAGCUCCUGGUGGAAGUUAGUCUGGGUGCAGACUACGUCAAAUACAUCACCUUCCGCUCUCCACUCGUAGUGGAGAAUAGGACCCAGAUUCCUGUCGAAGUUGGAGUAUUUAGUCCCGAGGAAGGUCACCUUCUCAAGAUUGAAAAGAUCCUUCCUGGCGAUUCGCGUCCAGCGCCAGUAGGUGCUGCAUACCUGCACUCUCUUGUUGUCCGUCCUGAUCAAGGUUUCGGGUAUGAUUGGUCAAAUGAGAGGCUAUUCUGGAAAGAUUUAUUGAAAAGACCGACAAGAACGCUCAAAUGUCAGAGCGAAAAUGGACAACAAUCCCCACCAUUCUACUUCCAGAUGAAUGCAUCCUUCGACCGAAAUGACCCUCUGCUAACGGUAUAUCCAUACAUGCGGAUUCGCGUGUCCGCUCCUAUCGAGAUCCAAAAUUUACUUCCAUAUGACUUUAAGUACCGAAUUUAUGACAAAAGCUUGAAGAAAGACUGGACAAACUUCCUCCGUAAGGGAGGCGUGAGCCCAGUCCAUGUCGUUGAACUUUCGCAUGUUCUUCUUCUAAGCAUUGAUAUGCAGGACACUGUAUUUCGGCAAUGCGAAUUUGCAAUUAUCAAUGGAAAUGUUCAGGAGGACUUUAGGAGAGAGACGACGCUUUCUGUACAGGACGACCAAGGCCAGGAACUCAAGUUGGGCCUCCAUUACUUUACUGUUCCAGACAGCGGUGGUGCCUUCAAGGUUUCUGUGUUUAGUCCUUACCUUGUGUUAAACAAGACUGGUCUCGACCUCAACAUUCAGAGCAAGGGCGUUUUCCACAGUGGCAGGUCUGCAGCUGGCCGAGCUAUUAAAACGGAUGCAGCUAAUGGAGUUCGCUCCGCCAUCCCAUACAUGUACUCGUACCCAACGGAUGACCGCAAGAACAGAUCCGUCCUUAGGGUAAAUGGAUCGUCGUGGAGCAAACCGCAGAGUUUUGAAGCAAUUGGAAGUAGCUUCGAGGUUAUCCUGCCUGCUACCAACGGCCGAACAGAAUAUCAUGCUGGAGUGACGGUUGAGGAGGGCACUGGGAAGUAUAAGGUCACAAAGAUUGUUACCGUUUCUCCCAGGUUCAUAAUCGACAAUAGGCUAGACGAAGAACUUGUCGCUCGUGAGCCUGGUUCUUCGAAUGUUAUCACACUGAAACCGGGUGACCUUGUGCCUCUUCACUUUCUCAGACAGAGCGCCGAAAAACAACUCUGCUUAUGCUUCCCAGGGGUAAACAAUCAAUGGUCAUCACUAUUCAACAUUGCUGAUCUGGGGAUAAUUCAUGUGAAACUGGCAAAGGCAAAUCAACGUCAAAGAUUACUCAAAGUCGAAGUCCUCAUGGAAGGUGCAACGAUAUUUUUACGCAUUAGUAUGGAGACGGUGCAUUGGCCAUUCUCUAUGAAAAAUGAAAGUGAUGCAGAGUUCAUCUUCUUUCAAGCCAACCCCAACGCUCACGAGGACGAAGAUGAUCGCAGCAGUAGCUGGCGUCCAAUCCGUUACCGCCUCCCACCUCGUAGUAUCAUGCCUUACGCAUGGGACUAUCCUGCUGCAAAGAACAAGUCUCUUGUCCUUCUUUGUCGAGGCAAAGAAAGAUAUAUCAAGCUUGCGGAAAUGGGUAAUUUAAUACCAAUGAAACUUCCACCAACUCAAGAUUCGCCACAAAAAAUUGUCGAUAUUCGCAUUGAGGCUGAGGGGCCAACCCAGACGCUUGUUCUAUCCAAUUUCCGGCCAUCAAGGAGUAUAUACAGACAACAAAAGCCAGCCUCUUCUCAGACAAGUGUAUCCACCGGAUUUGAGGUUAAAGAGAUUAACUCGGACGUCACCUUCAAAGCCCAACUUCGAUUAAAUGGAAUCGGUAUCUCUUUGGUUAACCAAAACUUGAAAGAGCUAGUAUAUAUCACUUUCCGAGAGAUAGAUCUCAAGCUCAGCGAGUCCAAGAUCUACCAAACCCUCAACACUACGAUAAAAUGGAUACAGGUUGACAAUCAGCUCUAUGGUGGAAUAUUCCCAAUACUCCUAUACCCUAGUGUUGUCCCGAAGACAGGCAGGGAGAUGGAGGCUCAUCCAAUUUUCACUGCAACAGUCACCCGCGUCAAAGACGAUUCAUAUGGUGUGCUAUAUGUGAAGUAUGCGUCACUCCUUGUGCAACAAAUGACUCUAGAACUUGACGAAGACUUCAUUUUUGCCCUCCUUGAAUUUGUGAACGUCCCUGGUGCAUCGUGGACUGAAGAACGGGAAGAUAUGAUAUGCGAGGCGGAACUUGGCAUUCCAGAGCCUAAAAACGAAGCGCAAGGGCAAGACGUAUACUUCGAGGUGCUCCAUUUACACCCGAUGCAGCUCGAUUUGUCCUUCGUCCGCACAGAGCGAGUCAACGUGGAGGAUACCACCGAGUCGUCUAACCCCCUGAUGUUUUUUGUAAACGUUAUGACGAUGUCCAUCGGUAACGUCAACGACGCCCCGGUCAGGUUAAACGCUCUCCUACUCGAGAAUGCAAGAGUCUCUAUACCGACGCUCGUUUCGAACAUUACAAACCAUUAUACUCAAGAAUUCCUCCGCCAAGUGCAUGUCGUUAUUGGAUCUGCGGACUUCCUAGGAAACCCCGUUGGCCUGUUUAACACCGUUAGUUCUGGUGUUGCAGACAUAUUCUACGAGCCAUACCAAGGUUUCGUCAUGUCCGACAGGCCGCAGGAGCUAGGUCUAGGAAUUGCCAAGGGUGCUACUUCAUUCGUGAAAAAAUCGGUAUUUGGAAUAUCUGACAGUCUUACAAAGUUCACUGGAAGUGUCUCGAAAGGUCUUGCCGCUGCAACGCUAGAUAAGGAGUUCCAAGACCAGCGAAGAAUGUCACGAGCUCGAAAUAGGCCGAAGCAUGCGCUCUACGGAGUAACAGCAGGAGGCAGUGCUUUCGCUAGUAGCAUGGCAAGUGGAAUCGGUGGUCUCGCACGUCAUCCUCUUGAGGGUGCGGAGAAGGAGGGGUUCCAAGGGUUCGUAAAGGGUGUUGGAAAAGGAUUCCUUGGUCUUGCUACCAAGCCAGCCCUUGGUGCUUUUGAUCUUGCGUCUAAUCUUGCGGAAGGAGUGCGAAACACUACCACAGUAUUCGAUGCAGGGGGUCUUGAUCGAGUGCGUUUGACUCGUUUCAUCGGCAUGGCUGGGAUUGUGAAACCUUACUCCCAGCGCGAAGCUCUAGGCCAGUUUUGGCUAAAGACGACAGAUGAUGGCAAAUAUUUCAACGAGGAAUAUAUCGCCCAUCUUGAGUUUCCCGGCAAGGAUAUGCUUGUGUUAUUGACUUACGAUCGAAUCAUGCUCGUUCGAUCAAAGCGCCUCACCACAGAAUGGGACAUCAAAUUGACCGACAUCCAAAAGAUUUCUAAGGAACGAACCGGCAUGACUAUAACACUCAAAGGAGGUACCAAUGGCCCAUUCAUCCCUGUACAAGAUGAAAGUGGGAGAAAUUGGUUUUAUAAGCAAAUUGCUAUUGCUGUCAAUGCAUUUAAUGAGAAGUAUAGCGCAAAGGGAUAG